AUGGAGUCAUCACUGGGUUUUGUCCACAAAGGUAAUGCACGAUUUUCGUCCUUGAAACACUUCUCUGAUGUCCUUCCUCAAGUAACGCCCUCAACUGGCACCGACUCUUUCUCCGGAUCAUCCUUAGGACCCACCUGGGAGUGGAACCACAAUCCCGACACGACCAAAUUCACCGUCUCAAACGGUCUGACGCUUCGCACCGCAACCGUCACAGUGGACCUCUACGCUGCUCGCAACACCCUCACCAAGCGUAUUCAUGGCCCCGUCGGCACCGGCACCCUUGUCAUGGAUUUCACCAACAUGGCGGACGGUGAUCGGGCUGGUCUUGUGGCUUUCCGCCAUGUCUCAGCUUGGAUCGGUAUUAAACGCGACGGAAGCGCAUACACAAUCGGCAUGACCAACGGGAUCACCCAAAGCGAAUCUGACUGGUCAACGACCAACACUGGAACCACUGUCUCCUCCGUCACCAUUACUCAGAAGAAAGUUUGGUUGCGCGUUGUUGCCAACAUUGCGCCGAAUUCGAGCAGAACCGCCGUGUUCUCUUACUCGCUUGAUGGCAACAGUUUCACGACGCUGGGCCCGUCAUUCGCGCUUAAUACCGACUGGCAAUACUUUAUGGGUUAUCGAUACGGAAUUUUCAACUACGCGACGAAGGCGACUGGUGGCUCAGUGCUGAUCUCAUCGUUCACAUCGUCCUAA